GGUAUAUUCAACUGCCACGUCAAUCGUUUCUUUCAUGCCGCGCUGUUCCACUCUCAGAGACGAUCUGAGAUUCAGCAAAUGCCUUUCUUGGCUUCGCACACCAUUCUUUCCGGAUUAAGCCAAGCUUCUGUAAUUAAUAAAUCAAAAUCGGAAUAAUAAAUCCCUGCAAUGAGAAAGUUCUCAACUUCGAUUUUUCCAGGGCUCGUACGUGGAACUUUUAAUCUGAGAGUCAAUGCGCUGCGGUUCUACUGUGAUCGCCCACACCCUGGAGUGCUUGCGUAUUAUAGGAGCCUUGUUGAUCAAGGGAAGCUGCAACAUGAUUCUUACCAAGAAAAGGUUGCUGUUGAACUAGAAAAUCUGCUUGGAAGUUUGAAGCAGUAUGACAAGGACAUGGAGGAAUACCAUUUUAAUCUUGCAAAAUGGGAGGAGAAAAGGGAAAAUGAGCGCCGCAGGCUUCUCAUGGAAGAGGCAAACCAGCAAAAUGCAUUGAACGUCACUAAAAACCAUCAAAGUGUUCUAAAGAAAUGGAUAUAUAGGAAAAAACCAGGAAAUGUAGAAUCAGGAGUGGGAAAAUGGGUUUCAUAUCUAAACCGUGAGAAGAAGUUAGAUUCAGUUGUUGGUUUCCGUCCAAGUGCUCCUCCAGCACCAAAAGGACUAUAUCUGUAUGGGAAUGUUGGAAGUGGGAAGACAAUGCUUAUGGAUAUAUUUUAUGGUGCCACGGAAGGAAUUGUGAAACAUCGAAGAAGGUUCCACUUUCAUGAGGCUAUGCUUGAAAUUCAUCAACACAUGCAUAGGACUUGGAAGAGUCAAUUAGAGCAAAAUUAUCAACAAUCAAACAUUUCUGGUUGGAUCAUGAACCUUCCAUUUGAUACAAAAGUCAAAGAAUGGAUAGCUGGUGAAGAAAAAUAUAAGCAAGAGAUUCAAAUGCAGAACAUUCUUCUUGAUGUUGCUGACAAAUUUCUUGUCAACCAGGAGGGGAACAAGGGAGGAGCAAGCAUUUUGUGCUUUGAUGAGAUACAGACUGUUGAUGUUUUUGCUAUUGUGGCCUUGUCUGGAAUUGUUAGAAGAUUACUGAGCGCGGGAACUGUUCUUGUGGCAACCAGUAAUCGUGAACCAAGAGACUUAAAUCAGGAUGGUAUGCAAUGGGAAAUCUUUGACAAGUUAGUAGAGAAACUUGAGGAUCACUGUAAAUGUGUUCUGAUUGGAAAUGAAAUAGAUUAUCGUCGCCUUAUAGCUCAAAGAUCUAUAGAUCAGGUUCAUUAUUAUUGGCCUCUGGAUAGCAAAAGUAAACAAAUAUUUGAGGACAUGUGGAGCGAGACAACAAAAAAGUGUGGUAGAAAUGUUACUUCUGAGACAGUUCAAGUGAUGUUUGGAAGAACAUUGGAAGUUCCUCAGAGCUGCAAUGGGGUGGCACGAUUUACAUUUGAAUAUCUCUGUGGCCGACCGAUUGGAGCAGCAGAUUAUAUUGCAAUAGCUAACAACUAUCACACAGUCUUCAUCACAGACAUUCCUGUAAUGAGUAUGCGCAUCAGGGACAAGGCUAGGAGGUUUAUCACCCUGAUUGAUGAAUUAUACAAUCGCCAUUGCUGUCUCUAUUGUUCUGCUGAAGCGUCUAUAGAUGAUCUAUUUCAAGGAACAGAAGAAGGAACAUUGUUUGAUAUGGAAAGCUUCCAGUUUGAAACGGAAAUAGAAGGAGGGAGACUUAGGAGAGAUGUUUUAGCUGAAGGUGGUAUUAGUUCAGGAGGUUCACCAACUGGUAUUAUUUCCAUGCUUUCUGGUCAAGAGGAGUUAUUUGCAUUUAGACGAGCCGUAUCACGAUUGAUUGAAAUGCAGAGUCGUGUUUACCUUGAUGGUGCUCGCUACCUUCAUCCCUAUUUCCAGUCCUCACAUGGAAACCUUCAGCAGAUAAAUAGUGCAAACUAAGAAUUAGUUGUGAAUUAGUUUUUGGAUCCCCUGGAACUCCACCGCACUGUUCCCCAUGGGCAGUCCAACCGGGGCCUGUAAAUUACAUCAUCCUCUGGAUUGAUUGCAUCUGGUCCGCACAUUGAAUAUUCCGCCAUAGAGUUGCUCCACAGGAUCCAAUCUUUGUGUAGUGUGUAUGCCUUCCUAAACUUUCUUGCUUCUGAUCGUCAAUAAUGCUUUUGUGCAAAUUAUUAUUGUGAUAUGAGAAUCUUGUUUGGCUUUUGCUUUUGCUUUGGAUCACCCUAUUCAUUCUUACAUUUGCUUAUGGUGUUUUUACCAUACCAGUGAGUAAUCAUGAUGUAUAGCAUGGUGUUUUUGUUACAAUAUAUUGGAAGCCUUAGCCUUCCGAACUUCUACUGAACUCCACCACUGUUCGUUCUAUUCACCCUGUGUGGACUUGAUU